AUGUUGCCAGAACAGCUGGUUUUUGCACGUCACAGUGCCAAUGAGUGGCUUGCUGGAGACAAGAAGACAGGAGGUGCAGGAAGCUAUGUGUCCAAGAUGGUCAGCAACAACUUGCAAUCCAAAGCCGGCCGGGUUCGAGAGUUCGUCUCCAACAUCAAUUUCGAGCUGCCCGAAGUGCAACAUCUUCUUUUGGAGUUUGAGCAGACCGGCUCAGCCUACAAUGUUUCCUGCAAGUGGAUAAAAAACAAUCGAGCCAGGUGGUCAGCCUGGAAACCAAAGCUGACCAGCUGCUAUGAAGGCUUCGGCUUGGUUGACGCCUCCGGAGCUUUUGUCCCCAACAGGACACUGGCCGUUGGAUGCGGCCUGUGCCAGGCAGGAACUGCAUCUGAGGAGCUCAUUGAUGAUGAGGGACGGACUUUCCAAUGCAAACAAUGUCCCCCUGGCUACAGCCAAUCGAACACUUACUCCACCCAAUGUGAGCCGUGUCCGAAGGGCACUUCAGCCAGCAUGUUUGGAAGCAUAGCAUGCACUCCCUGCGAUGAAGGAGCGUAUCAACCGGAUACCGCUCAGACCUCAUGUAUCCCUUGUGCUGCUUCCCGAACAACCCUUCUCUUGGGUGCAUCAUCUUUGGCAGAUUGCGUGUGCCAGGCAGGGAAAAUCGAGCAGCUCUCCAUUUGUGAGGAUUGCAGUGAGGAAAGCAUGCAUUGCCCCAAGGGUAGCACCAUUGCGAAGCUUGUAGCAGCGCCGGGUACAACCGACACGAGGGGCCCUUUUGUCAAGAAAGGCUUCUUUAGCAAUCCACUAGUACCUCUUGACACUUACAAAUGUACCGCGGAGCUCUUUUGCCCCGGUGGCUCCCCCGGUCAAUGCUUCGGGGAUCGUGAAGGUUUGACUUGUGGCGACUGCGCUGAUGGACAUUACUGGGCUUCCGACCAAUGUGAGCCCUGUGGAGCAGUGUCAGUUGCAUGGGCCCUCUUGGUGACUAUGCUUGUGCUUGGAGUCUGUGGCUCUUAUUAUAUGCUAACAUCCAGCUAUACGGCCAAGGCCAGUGUGAUGAUGUCCACCACAGCAGCCUUGGGAAUGCUAGUGGCCUUAUUCCAGAACUUGGGUGUCUUGAACACAGUUGCUGUUCCAUGGCCAGCUGAAUUGGAAGCAAUCCUGAACUUUGCCUCAGUCUUUACCUUCAACCUUGAUGCUCUUGGCUUUAGUUGUGCUGCUGGAGGCAAUGUCGCCCGGUACGUCAGCACGGCCUCGUUCUUUUGGAUUGUGGUUCUUGCGUUGCCCCUUGUUGGUUUGCUUACGAACUUCAUUCCAAUUCUGAAGCGCCGCAAGCUUGCGUGGGAGCAGAACAAAACAAUCAGCACCACGGGACAGUUCUUGCAGGUCGGGUUCACGACCAUGUGCAAUGUCGGCCUGAUGCCGUUCAUGUGCUACAGGCAUCCUACUGGUCAAGCGAGUAUCUUGAAGUACCCGAAUGUAUUCUGUGGCACAGAUGAGCACGUGAUCAUGCGGGUCUUUGGGGUGUUGGUGCUUGUUUUGGCCUUCACCUUCUUCACAGCGGCUUGCUACGCUGCAUAUCAAGCGCCAAAAUGGUCAGGCAAACCAAGGCUGGCGGCCAUUCGCUUCUUGAUCUUCCGCUUCCGGCCAAACGUGUGGUAUUUCGGCUUGGUCCUCUUGGCUCGAGGACCCUUGCUGUCCAUGCCAGGUGAAACCCUUGAGACAGGGAAGACCGUGCAGCUCAGGCAACUUACGCUGAUGCACAUGAUCUUGCUUGGAUCUCUUUGCCUUCAGUUGUGGUUCCUGCCUUGGAAGUCUCCAAUCCUGAACCUGGUCGACGGAGUCUCAGUGUCGCUCCUUGUGAUGCUUUUGGCUGGGUCUCUUGGAUAUGCCGACAGCAGUGGUGAAGAUGCCACACGUGUUCUGGCGACCUUCGGAACCGUCAUCUCUUCUUUGAUGGUGGUCAUCCUUGGAGGCAUGGUCUUGCUUGGCCUAGCUGCUCUCGUCUACCGUUCAGCGCUGGGCAGCUCAAAGGAACUGCGCGUCAUGAACCUUGGCAAGGUUCCAGAAGAGAAGGAUGUCUUUCAAAGUCUACUUGAUGUGGCGACCUUUCUCAAGGAAGAUGGACAGGGCAAGGAGCAGACCUUCAUCAAGGACUUGGGCAAUCUCUCAGUCUAUGACAUUGGCACCAUCACCCGUGCAGUGAACAUCUUGGCCGACGACUUGAACAUGGUCGUCAGCCAGAACGGCAGCAUUCGCAAGA